CGUUCUCAGAAUGGACGUAUUUUGUUUACUAAUCUUUUGUGAACGUUGAUUGGUAGUAAAAAGUUGAAAUAAAUAAAACUGCAAAAUAUGCGGAUUUUGAUUUUAAUUGCUUUAUUAGCACUUGUGCCAAGGAGCAUUACCAAAAAGGCAAAAGACGGAGAGAAGCCUGAAUGGGCUAAAAAGGAUAUACGCGACUUCACCGAUGCCGAUUUAGAAAGAUUGCUGGAUCAAUGGGAGGAAGACGAAGAUCCUUUGGAACCUGAUGAACUGCCCGAGCACCUUCGUCCACAACCAAGAAUUGAUCUAUCCAAUCUUGAUAGUACCAAUCCCGAGGAGUUGUUAAAAGCUUCUAAAAAGGGGCGUACGCUCAUGACUUUUGUAUCUGUAGGUGGUAAACCCACACGUGAAGAGGCCGAUACAAUAACAAAACUUUGGCAAACUAGCCUAUGGAACAACCAUAUACAGGCGGAACGAUAUAUGGUGGAUGACGACCGUGCAAUCUUUCUUUUCAAAGAUGGGUCACAAGCUUGGGAUGCAAAAGACUUCUUGGUGAAACAACCGCGUUGUAAAGGUGUUACAAUUGAAAAUAAGGAAUACCCAGGCGCUUGGAGUAGUGAACAUUCAAAUGAGAAACAGGAAUUGUAAUGGCAACUCGUUGAAUUUGCAUUAAAUCUGGAGUAAAUAGUAACAAGUUCAAAAAGAGUAAUUAAUUCAGGUUAUCAAUGUAAGAUACAUCUAUAAGUACAUACUAUGUAUAUUAAUUAUAAUAUUUUUGGAUGGAUUUGUAUGUUAUGAAUUAAAUACAAUUUUGUAUAAUUUAGAUUACAUGGAACGGAAAAUUUAAUAUAUUUAAAAUAGUAUAUCGAAAAAAUAUGAGCUUGUCUUAAGAGUUAAACAUUGAAGGUCCCACCCAAUGGCUCUACCAAAUAACAUGCAUAAAUAAGCAAGUCAUAAGUAACAAAUUUCAACCUAGGAUUUCGUUUAUAAUUUUGAUGAUACUUCUUAAUAAAUCUAUUGUGAAUCGGUAUUAAAAAAAAUAC